UUUCCGGUCAUCUUUGACCUGCUGUAAAAACGCGCGAAGGGAGGUUCGAGAAUCUUACGACACGUGAAAGAACUGUAGAAGAAAGGAAUGAAGAUUUCCAAACGUCGUGUUCUCUUCUAAGACCUGCUUCUGGAAAAAUUAGUGCUGUUAGCCAAUCAUGCGUGGAAGGAAUUCACUCGUAGUGCACAUCUGAUACUACCGUAGAAAAGUUUCGGUCAUGAAGUUCUCUGAACUCGCAAACAGGAUCAUCCAGUCAAACGAACACCACAGCCACGAUGGAGUUCGCAAGCAUAACUUCAGCGGAGAAGACUUCAAGAAGCUAAGGAAAUGCUGCUCGGAGAGCUCGGAGACUCCUAUAUGCAGGCCAGUUUUCGAUCAGCCGAACUUCAAUGACUUCCACGAACAAAUUGUCAAAGAGAAGCCUACGAAGUCCGCUCUGGCGAAGAAAGUCGCCAAAGAGAAACUUUCCUCGAGAAACAUCAAAACUCGGCUCCUGGCGUUUUUCCCGAUCAUCACCUGGCUGGGCCACUAUAACAUCAAAGCGGACCUAUUCGCUGACGUCAUAUGUGGACUCACAGUGGCCAUCUUCCAUGUACCUCAGACUCUCGGCUACUCACUUCUCGUAGGGGUGAACCCUAUCAACGGCCUCUACACGGCGAUCUUCCCCAUGUUAAUGUACUCGAUUUUCGGCACUUCGCGUCAUAACUCGAUUGGAGCGUUCGCGGUAGUUUGCGUGAUGACAUCCGGCGUCGUACAACGGGCAUCGAAGGAGUUCGAUCGGGAUGGGGAUGAGUACGCCGUUACCGUUGUCACGACGCUGGCAUUCUUCGUCGGAAUUUUCCAGCUCGUCAUGGGUGUACUGAACAUGGGAGGUUUGAGCGUUUUCCUUAGCGAGCAGUUCGUCUCCGGAUUUACUGCUGGUGUAUCGGUGCACAUCGGGUCGUCACAGCUGGGAGGACUUUUUGGAAUCAAACUACCCAAAUACACUGGUCCCUUCCUCUUAAUAUCGACUUACAUCGACUUCUUCAAAAAUAUCGGUCGGACACAUGUACCCACGUUAUCGCUGGCGAUCAUUGUGAUCCUGGUGAUCUUGGCAGUGAAACAUUUCGUCGAUCCCUACCUCCUGCGCAAGUUCCAUAUGCCGCUGCCCAUCGAGAUCAUCGUUGUCAUAAUCUGCAUAAUUUUCUCAAAUGCCUGUGAUCUCAAAAACAAUGGCUUCGAUACGGUGUUGGACAUACCAAACAGCUUCUUGGCUCCGAAAAUACCGGAGAUGAACGUCGAUCUCAUCAAGUUCAUCCUUGUGGAUUCGAUUCUGAUCGCCAUCAUUUCCUUCACGGUAGCCGUCUCCUUGGGGAAGAUCUGGGCCCGCGACAGAGGCUACGAGAUGAGACCCAAUCAGGAAUUCUUCGCUCUUGGCAUCAGCAAUUUUUUCGGCUCAGUCUUCGGCUGCUUCCCCGCCGGGGCUUCGGUUCCGAGAAGCUCGCUACAACUUCUCGCUGGUGGCCGGACUCAACUCGUGAGCCUGAUUAAUUCCACGCUCCUAAUUUUUGUGGUGCUCGCCCUCGGCAAGUUUUUGAUCGGGAUACCGAAAGCGACCCUAUCCGCAAUCAUCGUUGUGUCCCUGAAGAAGAUUUUCAUGCAAGUUCGGGAUUUCAAAACCUUUUGGAGGUUGUCAGUCAUAGACGGCCAUGUUUGGUUGGUUGCUUUCUUCGCGACCGUGGUCAUCGAUGUGGUCAAUGGACUCGUCAUCGGAGUCGUUUUCUCCUUGCUCACACUCGUCUACAAAGUACAAACACCGCAAACGUUCCUUUUGGGCAAUACACCGAACUCAGACUACUACGUCCCUUUGAAACUCUACGCCCAGUCCCGUGAAGUACCUGGAGUGAAGAUAUUCCAAUACGGCGGUCCGCUCCACUUCGCCAACACGGACUUCUUCAAAUCGGAGCUCCUGCGGAAAUCCGAUCCAAACUACACACUGAAACACGAGCAGAUGGGCCACAAGCCGGUGAGGUACAUCGUCCUCGAUUUCUCCCGGGUGACUUUCAUCGAUGGCUCCUUCGCUCUCUUCCUACGACAGUUGGCAGAAACCUUCACCACGGACGGGGUCGCGAUUUUCAUCGCCGAUUGUGCCCCAAAAGUUUUAUCGACUCUGAGGAAGGCAGGAGUCACGAAGGAGAUACCGGAAACACAGUUCUUCCCCUCCCUGCACGACGCCGUCAUGCACACUCAUGACAGCCAUCGGGGACAUCAUCGACAUCUUGCGUCUAUUGGACGACAAGCCUCAUUCAAUGAAACUUUCGGGCCCGAUAGCCUCGCGACCGUUGCCUCUGCAUACGAGCACAGAGUCGAUGUCGGAGACGAGAAUGGCCAUGCUGCUGCAUUGUGA